CAUCCAUGCAGUAUUCCUCACAGCACAUGGUCAAAUGUCAAUUGAACACCAAUGUCCAUUUGAUUAGAAAGUGUCCUUUCUUGCUCAGUUUUGUAAAAAAUUUUCGAAGUCAACUCACAUUAACUACUCAAAUCAUUUGAACAAUUCGGAUUUCGGAGACGUUGUUGAUUCUUCAAGCAGUGUUUAUUUUAUUGUAACAUUCAACGUAUAGUUUUCCUAUAGGUCUAUAGGUAGUUCAUUUUUAAACCUGAAAGAUGAAGUUUACUUUUAUUUAAUCACUCGAAUUCUGAUGAAAGAUUUUCGUACGAAUUAAAUUUUUAUGCAAACAUCGAUUCGAGCUGAGCUGAUAAAAUGGCUGAUUCCAUGUCCGCAGUAUACGAUCUGGCCCAUCCGAGCCAUAUCACACUGAAAGAAAUCUCAUCCAUCGUAGUAGUCGUAGAAUUAUGGCGUAAGGAAAUCGACACAUAUCUUGAAAAUAUUAACAUUCCGGGCAAAUUUGAUUUGACUGAACACAUCCGGCUGAAAGAUCUAAUCCCUGAUAUGCCAUCGAAAAUUUACAAUCAAUUGUCCAACUAUACGACGACGUUUAGAAAAUCGAUCCAAAAAUGGGUGUGCUAUCAUCGCGGUAAAGUUUAUCGCACAGGGUGUACCAUUCCCUAUUACAACGAGGGAGAAUGUUUUAGUGAAAUAUUGAGCCGUUUUCACGAUUUUGCAUGGGACUGGAAUGGCGCUAUUGAUUACGUUCGUACAGCCAAAAGGAUGCUGCGGUGCGAUCGAUUCACUCUUGAGGAGAAAUUCAGUAUCGCUUGUCUAUAUUGUUUCGAAGAUGACAUCAAACGGAUUUGGCCUUCUGUCAGCACGAAGAUAGAUUUGAAGGAAUUUUGGUUUCGUGACUUUCCACAAUUGUACUACUGGACGGACGAACUACGCAUAUCAUCCGCGUAUUCAUGUUAUCCAUAUUAUUCCGAUAAGAAUGAAAUUCUCAAUUUGGGCACAGCUCAUAACCAAUCAUCUCUGGAGUAUUUUUGGAAUCUAGUACCUUUUGCUAAGCGAUGGAUAACGGCUAUUUUAAUGUAUGAGAAAUGCGUCGAAUUAUUCGCUAGGUUCAUUUUACCACAAUUAAGCGACCACCAACUGGAAAUGUUUCUCACUGGACAUGCUUCUAGUUUGAUAUUUAAUCUUUUGAUGUGCGAUUCGGGACGAUGCAUCGUUCUUUCUACUUGGAUGUAUAUUAGAAACAAGAUCAGUGGAGAUCAAUUCCAUGAACUGAUUAUGAACCUGCUGUUAGUAGAGGUUAAGGAUGGCCUCAUGGGAGAGUCGGUGAUACUUUGUCGUGAGAUAUGGUACAGCGCUCCUCGGCAUAUCAAACAACCUGUAUUUGAUGAUUUGCCGUUCGAAGAGACAUCGUUUAUCAGAUUCAGAUGGACAAUUAAGCCAUCGAAAACGAGACAUAUGAAAUUGCUAGUCGCAGUAUUACACGAUGCCACUUUCGAGGAGAGGAGCGCAUUUUGGCACAAACAUUGGCCUGCUUUGGUCCGCGGCGCUGUAAUCGAAGAUUUACUCGAAAUGACCAAGUUGUGCUUUCGAAACGAAGAUGAAAUAAGGUUAUUUAAAAACGACAUCAUGUGCGAGUAUGAAAGUAUCAAAUCUUAUUACAAAGCGUCCCUAAAAGAAGGUUGUUUCGAUAACUUGAUCGAGUAUUUAGGUUUUUGCUCCGUUGAUGAACAAAAAAGAAGGCAACUGAAACAGCGAUUACUACGUGAAGAUUUUGGUUCGAAGGUCAACGACCAGCUGUAUCACGCAUUCAAACCGUUGAAUAAGUUCAUCAAUGAUGCUUUUGCAAGCACUGAUGCUCGGGUUGAAUUUAAAUACGAAUUCAUUUCAUGUCCUACUACCGAACAGUUUUUAAUCAAAUGUAUUCGCAAAGGUGACUUCAUUCUUCCUAUGGAAUUCGUUGAUACUUUUGUUUCGGAGCAACAGGUCAUCGUGCCGUUGAAAUCGCGCUUAUUUGAUCGUUUCAAAGAGCAGCUGAUUGAUGGUUGGUUUCGUACUGUCCAGCGCAUGAAUACCGAUCAUGUACGAAGAAUUUUGAUCUGGUUGUUGGGUGACGAAGACCAGGUUACCAGAUUUAAGCAAUCGUUACCGGUGGAUAAUAUUUUUCGUAACAUCGUGAAAAAGAGACGUGCAAGGAGAGCUGGCGGUAAACGCAAUGGAUUUCGAGGCAAGCUCGAUAAUUUUUUGAUGUGGUAUUUUAACGAAGAUGGUAAAAAAAUUGACAGUUUUAAACGACGGUUUCCUAAAAUGAUUUAAAGUUGUUGGUUCCUCGUUCGUCUUCGUAGAAUUGUGCGGUUCUUAAAAUUGAAACUGGUUAUUCUAAUUACCCACUUAUUUCGUGCCUGAUUUAUCCAAUUUAUUGUAAAUUCCAUACAAUAUAUGAUCUCUUUUUGAAGUA